AUGCUGCGCUCCCUGCGGCGCCCGGAGGAGCCCAAGGCUACUACUGCAAAUCGCAAUAACGAACAGCGGCUGGGCGACGUGGUCUGGAAACCCGAGCAGGAGUUCCCUGGUCGCUCUGUGAUCGAUCGUCACGCCAUGACCCUGUCUCGAGAAAUGCAGGUGCUUCUUCGUAUAGCGCGAGUUUCCGUCUACAGCAUCGUGCACCCCGCGAGACUAGCGCUACUCGGCGUAUGCUCCAGUGGCGUGCUCGGUCUGUCGGCCUACGAGGCAUAUUUGCUGCUGGACCCCGUGCAGCCCUUGACUAGAGACUCGUUACUAUUCAUGUAUAAGUAUGCAACGCAUAAUUUCUUGGCCAGUUGCAUCUGGGAGGCACGUGCGCCUGAGCUUGUAGCUCAAUCACUUGGACUUGACCCAACGCAGUUGUUGAGAGUGUUCCAUCCAGCAACGUCGAGUGCUGAUGCAGCGCUGCAGCUGAGGAUCAUGAGUGUUUUCACUACACGAGCGAUGCUGGCAGGUUUCAUGGUCGUGACUCAGCUGCUGAAUAUUGUGAGAGCGAGCGGGACAGCGGCGUUAGGGUACUUGGAAAACGUUUACAAUGGACUUGAGCCCCCAUUGCACGGGAUCGAGGAACGCAUCAUCCGUCUUGCAGGUAAAGAGAGCGACGUCACGGAGGUGUCGAUGGCUCGUUAUGGAGCGCAUAUCCUGCCUGUGUUUGAGGAUCCAGUUCGACAUCGACAUCUCGUGGCGCAGUGGUCGCUCGGAGGGCGAGUGCCGUGUGUAUGGCGCGUACCCAAAGGUCAGAAUGGCUUCCGUCACUCGUGGACUGGUCUGCAUAUAGAUGGAUCCUUCUUACUGCGAACUACUACGGGCAAGUACAUUUUGUGUAUCGAAGCUGAUGCCACACUAAAGGAUAGAGCGUUCGAGCUGCGAGUGAUACCCGAGACUUCAUUGCCAAAGGACGAAGAACUCUCGAUCGAAGAUGCCUCACAAGCGUAUCGCCUUGUGGAGCGACAAGCAGCACUGGCACUUAAACGACCAUUUCGAAGUCUUUGUGUGCUGUUGGGGGACUCUCGUCAGCCCUGCGAUCUCGGUGGAGAGUCUUUUGUCUCGCUGCGUGAACGAAUGCGUCUGAAGCAAGAGGUGAAUGUGCUAAUCGACUCGAAAGCACCUCUUCUGUUGGAGGUGUUGAAGUGGUGUGCACGUUUUGUGGAUGAACGGAAGACACUGGUUUUGGAUGUGACACCUCACAACUUCACGCCGCUAAAACUGUUCCUCGAGCACCACGGCUACGCUGUCCUUGCUCCAGCAGAAGCUGUGGAUUUCGAAGAGCGAGAGCGCGCUGUGAUCGCCGCAGAUGCGAAAGCAAAAGCAGAAGCAGAGGAACAGGAAGGACGACAUCGUCAGGAAUUGGAGGAACAAGAACUUGCACCGAACAGCAAGAACGAUGAGUCCCCCGCUGCACGGCGAGGUAAGAACCCUGAAAAAUUCCCUCGUCUUCUGUAUUACCCGACGACUGCCGCGACUAUCAGCGCAGUACACGCUACCUUGACCUCCGGGGAUGGCUUGUCAGAUCCACGACGCUGUUGCGUAUUGAUCAACCAACCGUUCGGUCUUGAGCAUCUUGACGAACUUGCAGAAGAUGCUGGUGAGAAAUUCCACCCUGUGUGUGCUGCCGAGAUCUACGACGAUUACUUCCGUCAGGUUCGUAUCUGGACGCGUAUGGGGCACUCGGCUGCCGUCAUACAGCGCGAACUCGAUCAACGUUUCGAGCCUGUGCGAAACAUUCUGGACUCCAUUGCGCAUUGA